AUGAGAAAUAUGAGCAAAGAGCCCUCUGGACCCCCCAACCGAUAUGCUCCUUGUGAAUGGUACUAUCAUGUUCCACUGAAACGAUCAGAGAAAUCUGUGAACUCAGAAAUCCCAAUCCCUCCACCAUCCCAGAUCCCAGGUCUGAGCAACCUCGGAGAGUAUCACAAUGAAAUUAAAUUUGGGAGCCGCAGGAAAUGGAUCAAAGACACAGACUCAGAAUAUGUAAAGCUGGCAAAGCAAGGAGGCCGACCUGAUUUGUUGAAACAUUUUACACCUAGUACAAGAAAAACAUCCCCAGUAGCUUAUGCUGCACCUGACUGGUAUACACACCACAGUAAACCACCACCAGAUGAUGAAUCUAAAGCCCAUGUUUCCUCAGUGCCUGACUACAUGGUUCAUGAAGAGUUUAAGUCUGAUCAGCUCAAUGGUAACUAUGAAACAAAAAGAGGGCCUUUUGAUUUUGAUAUGAAAAGUAUUUGGCAGAGGGAUGCUGAGGACAAGGAGAACAAAGAGAAAAAAAAGGAAAAUGCUGCUCAAGUUGAGGUCCAUGUGGGCAACACAAAAGAGGUAAAGCUUCCUGCUAUAAACCCCAAAUACCCAAACAGAAUACCACCCUCUACUGCAAAUAAGGAAUUCCACGGGGGAAAUAGGCUUUAUUUUCCACCUAUGCCUGGUCAGAAAAACAAUGAACCAGUAAACUUCAGCAAACUGAUUAGCAAUGGUUACAGGGACGAUUGGAUUCAGCAGCGUAAUGACUGGGAGAAAAAGAUUCAGCAAACCUCAAAAAAUAACGAGCAGCCUGAAGGAUUUGGGCUCAGCAAUGAUGCAGAACUUCCUUUACGACAUUUUAUAAUUUGUCUUAGUCAUACAGAAUGUGUCAAUUCUAUUUUGCAUAAGAAUGACAAAAAUGUCUUUGUGUAG